UUACCUGUGGUUUCAGACGGGAACAAGCCGAAGCUUUAAUGGAGAACAAAAGGAAACGAUGCAUCUUCAUCAGCUUCAUAGGAGUAAUGCUCUUCCUCUUUGUCAGCUUUUACAAUAAAUUAAUCAGCCCUAAUGGUUCCAGUCAACCAGUAAUGGUAUCACCACAAUCAAAACUAGACCAGUGGGAGGAUCCUGGCCCGUAUCAUGUGGCCUAUCCAAGAAACUACAGAUUCAUUAUGGAUGAUACAGCAACAUGCAGGAACAGGACUCCUUUUCUGCUCUUGAUGGUCCCAGUUGCACCCAGUGACGUGGAGGCACGGGACACCAUCCGGAAGACAUGGGGCAGUGAGAAGUCGGUUCUGGGCCAGACGGUUGAAACCCUCUUCAUCCUGGGCCUGCCAGGAGGACCUGAUCACGAGCAGCAGCAAGAGAAGCUCCAUCAGGAGAACCUGCAGCACCGUGACCUGAUCCAAGGCAGGUUCCAGGACACCUACCGCAAUCUGACCAUCAAGACCAUGCUCACGCUGGAGUGGCUCUCCCUUUACUGCACCAAGGCUUCCUAUUACAUGAAGAUUGAUUCUGAUAUGUUACUGCAUGUCCCCAAUUUGGUCAAGUUGCUGCUGGAUCCUAAAACACCCAAACAAAAGUACAUGUCAGGCCUUGUGUGGUGGCACAGCCCAGUUAUAAGGAACCCUUUUAACAGGUUCUAUAUGCCAGCACGUGUGUUUGCUGAGCCAGAGUACCCUCCUUACCCCCUGGGCAUGGCCUAUGUCAUGUCCCUGGAUCUGCCCGCGAAGCUUCUGCAAAUGUCCUCUCAGAUUAAACCCAUCUACAUUGAGGAUGCGUAUCUGGGCAUGUGCCUACAGCGCCUGGGCCUCGCUCCCACCGAUCCUCCUGAGGACACCAUGUUUUUAGUCCUCCCCAAACACCCACUGAGCAACUGCCGCCUUUCCAAAGUGAUCGCCGUGACGACGGAGAGCAGGCAGCAGAUGAUGAGUUACUGGCAAAAGAGCAAGCGACUGGAAGCUGAAUGCUGAAGUGUUUGAUCAGGUGUUUACAAUGUGUUUACAAUGGUCCUGUAAUGAACCCAGACAGACAAACGAUGGGUUACAGGAGGAGCGAGCUGUUGAUCACUACUGGCCUCAGAUACUCUUCCCAACCAAUCAGAGCAUUUGGGGGCGGGGCCUAAGACUUCUAGCACACACUGAACUGGACCCAAAUAGAAUAAAAGGUGUAUUAUGUGGACAUUAUCAAUUUAAAUCUUAUCUGAAUGGCAAAGUUAAUGGAAACAAAGCAUUAACUGUGAAUCUGAAUUAGCUGAAUCACCGUAGUACUUUGAUGGAUGCCAGUAAAUCACCCAGCGGAGGAAAACUUGGGCAGACUGCAUUGGAUGCAGCGUGUGGGAGAAGUAUAAACAGAAGCAGGGCAAGCUGCUGUGUGAUACACUACUUAUGAAUUAGUAACUAACUAUGCUUCUCAUAUUUAUGCGUAAUCUCUGAAAAGACAUGCAGGUAACGUAUUUGGGCGGUGAUUUUAAUCGCUAGUACAAAUAUAAAAGAAUAAAUAAAAAUAUGGAAGAUG